AUGACUGUUCUUAUCAGCUUUGACUCGGAAGUUGAAGUGCGGCGCGGAGGACACUCGCGCUGCGUGAUGCAGUGUUGUUCGCGUGUGGAUCGUUUUGGAGUAGUGUAUCAGUAUUGGGACGUCUCAGUCUGGGCACAGUUCCAUUUGUUGCCAAAUGUGCUUGGCACUGCUGCAACAAUAGAUACAAUGGUUAAGGGAUAUUUGGUCACUGUGAACUGA